CUUCGAACCGUACGCCACGCAGGGCUGGGCGCGGAGCUCUCGGCGCCCGCAGACCACUCGCAGCGCUCUCGCAGGGCGGAUCGCGGGUCUCCACCGACUUGCCACGCGCACCCCUUACUGUCUUAUCCCGGAGGGCAUCGACACGGGCCCGUGAAUUCCUGCCCCCGAGGGAUCCAGGAGCCCGACCACCCCGUGGCGGCGUUAUCAUCGACCUUAUCGCUAACCCCUCGGAACGCGUGAUUCGGGGGACUGCCGACUUUCGGGCUCGGAAUCGCUCGUAAUACUCGGGCGCCUACAGCGAGCCGAAGCGCCGAUAGCUCUGGACCGACACGGGGACGUGGUCUUGGACAAAAAUACACGGACCUCCGCGGAGCGCGUGACCCGCCAUCGGCAAAAACGGCUCCGGGCGACACCGGCGACCGCCUCGAGGACGGGCCGAUAAUUCUCGUUCGCGCGUUACGGCCGACCCACGGCCUGGAAAGGGAGCUCGAGGACGAUUAUUCGGCGCGACCGCCUGCGGCGCCGAUUCCAAAGGGCAAGGUGGGAAAGCCAGCGUCCAGAGGUCUCCCCUCGAUCCCCGGGAGAGAAGCCUACUGAACGACGUUGGACUUCGAGACGAACCGACCAAUCCGAGGAUAAAUCGACCCCCGGACAACGACCUCCAAAUCGGCGAGCCGCCAUAUUCGCACGCGUACGCGCGCUUGGGCGCAUGAAUUACGCAUACGGGACGCUUUACAUUCGGAGUCGGGAAUCACCGACUGAUACGAGGAGGUACGAGAAAGUGCCCCGCGGACUUUCCCGUUGGGAGGCCGAGCGGUUCGUUUUGUAAUCGACCUUAUCUGCCCGAGCGCUCGGUGCUACGGUUUAAAGAGCCGAUAUUUGCGCGUCGCCGUGCACCGAGGCCUUGCUCCCGCGACCGAAAUCCCGAGUCAAGUGUGUCAGUGGGAUAGCAAAUAGGUGGCGCGAGAGAUCGGACUCGGUCGUUUUUCCCUACUCCGGUUGCGUAGCUCCGUCUCUUUCGAUCGAGCACUCGGAAGGACACGGGGUAACGAUCGUGACGCGGCGUGACUAAGCGUGAUCCCGAUUCACGGCGCGCUCCUCUUUUUGAAGUUCCUCGCGGGAGUGCGCGCGCGCGCGUGCGCGCGAGACCGCCGAAGGCCGCACGCGCGGCGAAGUGCCUCGUCACAAGGAGAGACGCGGGACACGCGUCUCCGUGUUCAGUGUACGCGGACGCGGGUCGGUGCGUAGACCGAUCGGCAGGCGUGUUUUCACGUUCGCUCGAUCUUUUCCCCGCAGCUUUCUUCCGGAAAGGCCACGGGAGGGACCGCGCUCGGAAUUGCGGCACUUGGCUCGCUCGCUGAAAAGUAGGACGCCACGCGGGAGGAGGAGGAGGAGAAACGCGGUUCCUCGCCGGCUUCCGGCGGAACCGACGUGGGACCUUCCGGCCGAGAUUUCCAGCGGCGAGGGAUUUCGGAGUAGCCAUCGCUGCUCAUCGAGCCGGGAAAGGCGAUAAGUGUCCUGUGCGAGAGGUGUUCCUUAUCGAGAGGACCGGGAGGCACGAGAAAUACCGCAAGCAGAUCGUUUGGAGAGAACGGUCGAGGCCGUUCCAAAGGACCUUGCCGAGGGAGGAUCCUCGAGGAGUCGAGGCCCGAUCCAGGUGGCACGGUUCGGAAAGGAGGUCCAGGUUCAGAGUCUACGGGGUCCGAGGGACCGUCGUCGAGAGACGCCAGUGGACGCGGAGCUCUUGCGAAGCUGCUUUUGCGAAAAGUUCGCAAGGAGCGAGAAGUGUGCCGAGGUCGCGGCCAAGCCGCUUGGAGAAAUUGCGGGGGCAGCCGCGAGCGGAUACCACGGAGUAGGAGAGACGGAGAGAGAGAGAGGAUCGCUCGGCGGACCCUCGUCGGGGAUUUCCUCGCGACUGGAGGAGAGGAUUCGUUUCGGGAGCCUCGAUAAGAGGAAAGGGAACCUCGGGCCACCGCGUCCCGAUAACGCUCCACGGAAGUUCCCCGAUGACGAAGGGCCCGCCACUGGGCGGAGACCUUGCCGAGGUAUCGCCGAGGGCCCCGCGAUAAGAGGGGGCGUCCCCGUGGUGGGUGCCGGCCGCACGGUGCAAGGCGCUCGGGAUGACGCAGACCUAGGAGGCGUAGAGCUCGACCUUCCCGAGCGUGGACGUCGUCGCCGAGGAUGCGCCGAGCGUCGUAGCGGCGCCGCUCCUUCUCUCGCCUCUUUGGGCCCCUCUCGAACCGGGGAGAGAACCCCACCUGCUGCUCGUCGCGACCCUCCGAUCGCCAUGAAGAACCCGGAACACGAGAGCGGCUACUUCGAGGACGGCAGCGACGCCGAGAUCGCCCUCGAGGAGCACCCGAUCAGCGAGGAGAGGAAAUGGGGCUCCGGAUCUUGCGGACUCACCAAGGCCAUCCACGAGCUGGAUGUCAGCGAUUCGCCCGCAUCUCCACAGCCUGUUACCAAGGCCCACCGAGCCAAAGUAAAUUUGGCAGACACGGGAGGGCAAAGAGUGGACAUGACGCACUUCGAUCUUUUGAAAGUCUUAGGAACUGGUGCCUACGGAAAAGUGUUUCUGGUACGGAAAAGAACGGGUGCCGAUGCUGGUCGUCUGUAUGCCAUGAAGGUAUUGAAAAAGGCAUCCAUUGUCCAGAAAAAGAAGACGACGGAGCACACCAAGACCGAGAGACAAGUUUUAGAAGCUGUCCGGGACAGCCCAUUUUUAGUCACGUUACACUAUGCUUUCCAAACGGACGCGAAACUUCAUCUAAUUUUAGAUUACGUCAGUGGAGGAGAAUUGUUUACACAUUUAUACCAGCGUGAACAUUUCACGGAAGACGAAGUUCGUAUUUAUAUAGGGGAAAUCAUUUUAGCCUUGGAGCACCUCCACAAGCUAGGCAUAAUUUACCGGGACAUCAAGCUUGAAAAUAUUCUUCUAGAUCGGGAAGGCCACAUUGUGUUAACAGAUUUCGGUCUGAGCAAAGAAUUUUUACCACACGAAAGAGACAGCAAUGCCCGAGCGUAUUCUUUCUGCGGAACCAUCGAGUACAUGGCUCCAGAAGUUGUGCGAGGAGGAUCUGCUGGGCAUGAUAUCGCUGUCGAUUGGUGGAGCGUGGGAGUUCUCACGUACGAAUUAUUGACCGGUGCUUCACCUUUCACCGUGGAAGGCGAAAGGAACACGCAGCAGGAAAUUUCGAAAAGAAUCCUGAAGACGGAGCCACCCAUUCCUAGCCACUUAAACCCGGCGGUCCGUAAUUUCAUUACGCGACUCCUGGUGAAGGAUCCGCGACAGAGGCUAGGUGGUGGACCGCGCGAUGCGAAGGAGCUCAAGGAGCAUCCUUUCUUCAAGAAGGCGCCACCUCCUUUCAGUUGGGAAGCCUUGGAGAAGCGUCAAAUACCUCCGCCUUUUGUGCCUCGGAUCACUCAUGAAUUGGAUACCAGCAAUUUUUCUGAUGAAUUUACUAAAAUGGUCGCGGCGGACAGUCCUGCCGUGGUACCUCCCAACUACGAUAAGAUAUUCAGGGGCUACUCUUACGUUGCUCCGUCCGUUCUCUUCGGCGAUAACGUAGUUAGCGAGGACAUCUUCAAGGAAACCGCGAGGAUAAGUCCCGACGUUCAGAGACCCUCCGCGUCGGACGUCCUGGCUGCGCAUUUCGAGGAGUCCACCUUCUUCCAAGUUUACGAACUGGACCCGCGAGAAGACGCCCUCGGCGACGGAAGCUUCUCGGUUUGUCGGCGAUGUUGGCACAAGCAAACGUUACAAGAAUUCGGCGUAAAAAUUGUCAGCAGAAGAGUCGACUGCGGGCGGGAGGCCAGCCUACUCCGCGCGUGCCAGGGACACCCGAAUAUAGUGAAAUUAGUAGAAGUCUAUCAGGACAGGGCGCACACGUACAUCGUCAUGGAGCUCCUGUCCGGUGGAGAGCUGCUGCGUCGCCCAAGACCGUUCACGGAGCAGCAGGCGAGCAGAGUGAUGAAGCAGCUCGCAUCCGCCGUACAUUUCAUGCACUCUAGGGGCAUAGUUCACCGCGACCUUAAGCCCGAAAACUUAGUAUUCGCCCACAGCGGGGAAGACUCUCCGAUCAAAGUGGUGGACUUCGGUUUUGCGAGGCUGAAGCGAGGCUGCGAGCCGCUUCAUACUCCUUGUUACACGCUUCCGUACGCCGCCCCGGAAGUGCUCGCCAGGCAAGGCUACGACGAAAGCUGUGAUCUCUGGAGCCUAGGGGCCAUUUUGUAUUCCAUGCUCUCGGGACGACCACCCUUCCGAAUCGGCUCGCCCGAUUUGCCUUCUCGUAUCAAAGCUGGCGAGAUAGACUUCGACGGGCAGGCUUGGAGUCACGUUUCCCCAGCUGGGACCCAAGUUGCGAAGAGCCUGCUGACGGCCGACCCGAGCAAGAGAUUGACAGCGGCUUCGCUCGUCAAUCACGAGUGGAUCGUGGGGUCCAACGCGACUCCCGAGGUGCCAAGCAUCGAGACGAGUUCCACCAGCCUGUCGAUCGAGCGGCCCGAAGGUUUCCGACUCCGCGAGGUCGAUGGAGCCAAGUUGGCUCAGAGACGCAAGUUGCAUAAGAGAUCCACCUCGAGUUCCGUAUCUUCCUCGACUUCGACGACGUCGUCGAGUCCUUCGGUUCAGCUGAUGAGGCCGCGAUGCAUGACAACCAUGACUAAUACCUCGGCCUCGCCCGCUCAACCUAACGCGUUCGACUUCGGCGAGGACAAAGUCAAUGAAUAUCUGAGUUCAUUAUCAUCCUCGUCCGACUCGAACUCGCCGAAAAUAGUUCACCAGUUGGAAAGGAGCGAACAACCGGAGUUGCCCAAAUCGAAACGACGCAAACGCGACCCUCAAGCGGAGCCUGGGGAGAGUGUCCAAAGUGGUCCUAUAACUCGAGCCAGAAAACGAAAAUUAGAACAAACAACCAGUGGGUCCGACAGCUCGAUCGAGUCGUCGGAUUCCACGCGACCUGGGAAGCGAGAUUUGAAUAUUCACAGGAAACAGAAGGCGGGGAAACGGCCCAAACGUCUUGCCACGAUUAUAGUCGAGUAGAGUUUUUAAAUAUACGUUCAUCCGAGAAAAAUUCUUUCUUUCGUUUCCUAUGCAUUUUGUGGGUGUCGCAAUACCGCUGCCUUUUAGGUUCGCCUGAGACACGAACAUUGCAUCAUUCCUAUCUCGAUACUCUUAGAAUUGUACAUAAACAUGUUUGAUCCUUUCCUACUUUAUGCGUGUAGAAAUGUGAUGUACGGGACGAUUUGUUCACGUUUCAGAUUGUAUAAAGUCUAGCGGGAUAUCAUAUUGCAUCAUAAAGGUCAGGAGGUGUACUAUUGCACGUAUUAAUUAUCGAUAUCCUGAGGGCAAUUGUACAGGAGGUGUACAGAAUCUUGAUAGUUUUAUUGGUCUACCAAGAGCGAGCGUAAAUAUCGGAGCACUUUCGUAGCGAUGUCAUUCGGAUUGUCUGUGAUCAUGAAAGAGAUAAAGCGUUUAAUGUGAAUACUGUGACCGUGCCUCGGAAGUAACCUUUUUUUAAGGUCUACGCACAAGUGUGGUACGCGCUGUAAGGAGUGCAGGUUUAAUAAAUAAUCGAUACUAGCACCAAUGCUGCUGUGGAAAAGAAUGUAUUUGUAUUAAUAAUGCUACGGCAUAGUGGCAAUAUUUUACUUAAUAUGGGAACAGUAGUUGCCUAUGUACUGACUCGUAGGCUACACAUUGGCGAUGCAUUAUGUAGUUAAUUUACAAAUUUUUGGUCCUUUUUAAAUUGGUCACUUUAUGAUACACCUAUGCUGGUGUAUUUAUUUCUCUGUAUAGUUCGUUGUUUUAUUUGUAACGAAACAAACGAUAUACCUAAAUGUCAUUUCCUCUACGUUCAUUUCCAAAAUUGGAUUGUAUUUGCUACAAUGUUCCUUUAAUUGUAAAUGCAUUAGACGAACGAUUUGACGAAUUAUUCAAUUAAAAAACAACCGCAAUUGGAAAUAUAUGGAAUUAAAAAUCAACUGUUUUUACCUGGAGUAUGGUGAUCGCUUUAAAAGAGGGUAUGAAAAAUGGCAAAGACUGAUAAGGGUGUAUACCAACUCAGGGAACAACAGGCAUGCUUACCAGAGACAUCUUGUGUUAUCGAUAUGAGAUACGCGUUAUGCCAUGCUGUACGCACACCUGUACCAAAGACGACUGAAGCAACACUGCGCUGUAAGACCAAAAACGAAUCGUGUAUAGCAUUGAGACGAAAUUGUGUACAUUAAUUAUUGAAUUGCGACUUGAUGCAUAACAGUUAUUAUAUAUAUAAAUAUUUAAAAAAAAAAUUAAAGACGAAAAAGCAUAUAUAUAUAUUUAAUAUUACACUACGAUUAUAGGAGAUAAUGUUCUUUAAUGAGAUGAUAUAUUUUUAUUUAAGAAAAUAAAAGUCAUUAAACUUUAUGGAUUAUAUCUGUUGCCCCGUUAAAAGGAAUCUGGUUUUCUCUAGCGAUAAACCAUUGUUAUGUUACGGAUAGUACAUUAAGAGUAUAUAAAUAUACAUAUAUGUAUAUGUAAAAACUAAAAAUACAGAAGAAACGCUUGGAAAAUACGAUGGACAGUAAUGUUCCGUUGGUGCAGUGAUGCAAAGACACCUAUCCUUUGUUACUACUGAUUGUUAAAUAUAUCGUAAUACGAUGUUUAUUUAUAUGGUGCCUCGUUCCACUCUCUUAAUACCAUUUUCGAGAGUCUGUAGUAAUAAACUUCUGCAAAACUA